AUCUCAGCCUCUUUCCCUCACUCUCCACUCUGACAAGACCUUGAACUUCGAUCCAAAAGCUACACAAUCGAGAAUGGCAACAGCAAAAGGAACCAUCCUCCUCACUGGUGCCAAUGGCGGCCUUGGAAGUGCCAUUGCAAACCAGAUCGCCUCCAAACCCGAGUUUGCAGCCUACUACGGUCUCUACACCGUUCGAGACGCGUCCUCAGCGCCUGAUCUCAAGUCUGCGCUCGCAGCAGGCACCUCAUCACACCCACAUGAUAUCCUCUCACUUGAUCUGACGAACCUCGACAGCGUCCGCCAAACUGCUGAAGCUGUAAAUGCACGCGUCUCCGCAGGUGAAAUCCCACCGAUCAAGGCACUGAUCCUCAAUGCCGGCUUCCAGGACUUCGGCAACCAGGCUUGGACCGCUGACGGGUUCGACAAGACGUUCAGUGCGAAUUAUCUCGGCCAUUUCCUUCUCACGCUGUUGUUACUUAAGAGCAUGGACAAGGAAUCCGGACGAAUCGUCUUGGUCGGCAGUCAGGCUCACGAUCCCCAUGACAAGCGCAACGAGAGAACUCACGCGUUCGACGAGGAGAGGUACCAAACCACGGUCCCCGACCAAGCCACCUUCGAAGCCAUCGCUAAAGGCACGUGGAGCACCGCCCAAGAAGACCCGUCCUGGAAAAGCGGCUACCGCCGUUACGGCGCCUCGAAGCUCUUCUUGGUCAUGAUGCAGCACGAGCUGCAGCACCGCAUGGACCAAGACCCCGCCUUGAAGAACAUCUGCAUCCUCGGCGUCGAUCCGGGAACCAUGAUUACCGGACUCCAGCGACUUGCGCCGUGGAUCAUUCGCGUGCUGAUCUUUAAAAUCGUGUAUCCGCUCAUUCUAUGGUGGAACCCGAAUGGGCCCGUGAAUACGACGCAGAAGUCGGCGGGGCAUGUUUUGCAGGCGGCGUUUGAGUCGGGUGGGGUGCUGGGGGAGUUUCCGAGGGAUUUGUAUCUUAAUGGGACGGAGUUGUUUGAGACGAGUGCUGAGUCGAAGGAUGUUAAGGCGAGGGAUUUGGUGUGGAAGGAUAGUGUGAAGUUUGCGGAUCUGAAGGAGGCUGAGACGGUUCUGGUGAAUUGGAAGUAGGGAUUGAUUUCGUAAGGGGCUACUGAGGGUUGCUAGCUCAGAGCGUUGGUCUCUGUCACAUUGAACUUGCUCAUGAAGAAUGCCAAAAAAAAAAAAAAAUUUGGAAGG